CGUUGCCACCUGAUUUUGAACAGGUCCAGGUGUUCCUCAAAGCCAUUCACUCAUUUAUCUUCAGUCCAAAUACGCUCGAUUCCAACUCGGCCAGUCAUUCUUUUACCAACAAACCCCAACUAUCAACAUGAUGUUCCUUCGCUCGCUUAUCGUCGGCGUCUUCGCCAUUGCCGCCUCCGCCGCCCCGGCCCCGACCCCGCAAGGAGAACCCGCGCAAGAUCGCUGCGCCGGCGUCGCUUGCCCCGAAAACUCCUACUGCAAAAUCUUCGAUUUCAAGUUGGAGCACCCUGUCGGUUGCCAAUCCAACGGUACCGUACCAGCCGAUGCAGAGACUUGCGGCUCAGUCAUUUGCCCGACAGGAACAACAUGCUGCAACUCUCCUUGUGGCGUGUGCGCGAAGCCCGGGGAAACAUGCUUGCAAUGGGUCUGCUGAGUAGUGGAAAUCUCGGACGGGAUGGGGAAUUUCGGGAAGCAAUACCAGGUCAUUGUCAGGAGUUCAGGCGUCCCUUUGAGCAUCUUCAACCCUCAACCACAGAACAAUUGAAAAUGAUACACGUACCGGA